UUCCCGAGAAAAUAAAAAAUCAAAUCCCCCCCACCUUCAUUUUCUCUCUCCCCAAACAGGCGCCGCCCGCCAACCCAGCCUCUCCUCACCAAACCCGGAAAAAUCAAACAGCCCACAGGGAUUUCCCGGCCGAAUUGCAGCAUAAUGGUGUCUCCUGAAAGCACGGCUUAUUGGUCCCAGUUCGAUUACGCUUCUUUCAUGGACGAUAUCCAGGUCAAUGACGGGAAUUUUCCCGCUCCGUAUUCUGGGUUUACCUGGUCAACGCAGCCAAGCAGCGCUCCGCCUAAUGUUGUCUGUGUGGAAAUUGAUGGUUCACUCGGGGAUUCAGAUGGGCAUAAGGAAUCUGGCUCAAAGAAGAGGGUUAGAUCUGAAUUGUGCAAUGUGUCUAGCUCCAAAGCAUGUAGGGAGAAGUUGCGGAGGGAUAGACUAAAUGACAAGUUUCUGGAAUUGGGUUCUAUUCUGGAUCCAGGAAGGCCUCCCAAGACAGACAAAGCUGCUAUUUUGGUUGAUGCUGUCCGAAUGGUAAAUCAAUUACGUGGUGAAGCCCAGAAGUUGAAGGAUUCAAAUUCAAGUCUUCAAGAAAAGAUUAAAGAGUUGAAGGCUGAAAAGAAUGAGCUUCGUGAUGAGAAGCAGAGGCUGAAGGCAGAGAAGGAGAAGCUGGAACAGCAACUCAAAGCAAUGACUGCUCAGCCAAGCUUCUUGCCUGCCACUCCUGCAAUCCCUGCUACAUUUGCUGCUCCUGCACACGGCCAAGCCCCUGGCAACAAGUUGGUCCCGUUCAUUAGUUAUCCAGGAGUCGCCAUGUGGCAGUUCAUGCCUCCUGCUUCUGUGGACACCUCACAGGACCAUGUACUCCGCCCGCCUGUUGCUUAAGCUGGCAACUAAUUGUCGUUAGGCAUUGCAUUUUACCAUUCAUUUUGUCAUUGUUCCUUGGGCUGUAUUAGUUUUUGCUGAAGUUUUCUAACUGGAUUUGGUGGGUGUCUCUGUACUUCUAUCAUUUAAUGUUGGUAAUCAUAUGUAAAUUUUAAUAAGUUUGUCUGUUGCCUGCGUAAUACUCAGCUUCUAGUUACAUAUGUGCAGUAUUAGUUUCCUUGAGUAAAUUGCAGUAUUUGAAUUAUUAUCACCAUGUAUCUUACCGAAAGUGUUUCUUUGAGG